CUCUGAUCAAAACACAACAGUCAUUUGGAAUGGCUCAAGUUGAAACCACGACAGUCAAGAAAAAUGGUAAUGAACAUGAAGGAGAUGAAAGUCCACCAUUGAAGAAGCUGAAACAGCUAGAUCUCAUGCAGAUGAAACAAGGUCGGUUACCAUUUAAACCUGUCGAUGUCAAGCCAAAGACAGGGUUAGGUAACACACCUCCUAGUUCUAAGAAACGAAAACUAUCUGAUGGUGAAUCUCCAAGUGCUAAACCUUCAAAAACUCCCAAAUCACAGGAAAAAACAGUCAUAGAAAUAAAUGAGUCUGAGGUUAGUUCUAGUUCAGAAGCUGAUCAUCAGUCCAGAAAAAAUAAAAUUCGUAACACGUUGGAAAGAUUUGUCUGUAGGACUUCGCAAGAAGAAAUCUCGUCCACAAAUGACGGUGUAGAUUUUACAGAAUCUAAAGGUUCCCCGAUUUGUAUCGAGAGUGAUGAAUCUGAUACAGAAAAGGAGAAUAUCCCAAAAAAGGCCUCAAAAUCCACGAAACAAGCAUCUCCCGUAAAAUCAGAAGAAGAGAAAAAACAAGUAGAAGGAGAUGCAAUGGAAAUUGACUCUCAAUCUGCAGAUGAAACUGCAGAGAAUAACGAUAACUCACAAAAUGAGUCCGAGAAUUCUUCCACUAGCCCAGACUGUGCAACACCAUCAAAAGACAAGGCAUCAGAUUCUGUCUUAAAGACCCCUACCUCUAAACUCUCUGACUCGUUGCUAAAGACUCCAAAGUCGGCAUCAGAUCUAAGCUGUAGUGACAGUACACCUGGUACUGCUAAACGAGCUCCUAGGAGGUUGUCUGAUGCUAAAAAGCAGGAAAGAGAGGCAAGAAGGCAAAAAAUAAAGGAAGAAAAAGAAAGGCAAAUGGAGGAAAAACGACAGAAAAAGGAACAAGAGAAAAUGGAAAAAGAGCGUGAAAAAGAGAGGCUGAAGAAAGAAAGAGAGGAGGCCAAGGCAGAAAAAGAAAGACAGAGACAAGAGGAAAAGCAAAAGAAGGAAAAAGAAAGACAAGAAAAGUUGGCACAGAAGGAGGAAGAGAAGAAAAAGAAACAAGAAAUCAUUGAAGCUAAGCAAGAAGAAAAGAGAAAAAGAGAAGAAGAAAAAAGAAUGAAAGAAGAAGAAAAGCAGAAAGAAGAGGAGGGAAAGAGACAAAAAGAGCAGAAGUUGAAGGAGUCCUUUACAAAUUUUUUUGUCAAACCUAAAACUUCCCCGACAGCAAAGACGAGCAGAGAGCCAGUGGGGAUGUUCAUGCCAUUUGAACUGAAGAAAGACAUGCUGCUAGCCCCUAAAAUAAGAAAGGGGUUAGAUUCAGAGUCAAAGGGAAAACUUGACCAGUUUCUUCAGAAGCAGGAUAUAAAGGAUCUGUACAUUUCAGAGCUGAAGGGUGGUAAAUUUAAACCCAGGAAGCACAAGGGAACCCCCGACAAUAGGACUAAGGAGGAUGAGGUUGUAUUGGUACAUGACACAGAGACAGUGAAGAGUAUCACCUACCACUGUAAACUGCUACAGUUCCACAUGAACUACCGACCGCCGUACUACGGAACAUGGAGGAAGAAGAGCAGUAAACUCAGUCCAAGAAACCCAUUCAAAAUGGACACUGACUUGUUUGACUAUGAAGUGGACAGUGAUGAUGAAUGGGAGGAAGAGGAGCCAGGGGAAAGUCUCUCAGCCUCAGAGGGAGAAGAGGAGGAGAACAAUGAGGAUGAGGAAGAUGAAGAAGCCGAUUGGAUGGUUCCUCAUGGUUACCUCUCAGAGGGGGAAGGCUGUGAAGAUGAGGAAGAGGAGGCAACUGAUUUGAAAAUGAGGUGUAGAAAGAAACUAGAACAGUGGGAGAUGGAGCUGAAGAGACAGACAACCCCAGCCUUACCCAUUAUCAUGGGCUGCUUCUGGGAGCAUGCUGUCCAUGAACUACAGAAAGACUUGCAGGAAAAACUGGCUAUUUAUAAGGCUGUUCCACUUGUUGAUCAACCAAUUGACACCAGUUUUACAAAAGCCAAGUCCAAGAAAGCAGAGAACACUCCAUCAGAGAAGAAAGAGGAGAGUAAGAAAGGCCAGUGUAAACCAGUCCCAGAGGAAGCCAUGCCAGAUCUUAUUAGACUUGUUCAUGGAAACUUGGCAGGGAUUAAAAAGCUAGUCAAGGAGUUCCGCUUAUACUGGAAACACAAAACAAACGAAAAACAAAUGGAGGUAGAUGACAAAGCUGAAGAAAAGAUGGAUGUCGAGGAGAGUGUUAAAAAACCAGAGGAAUCCAAAACCGUCAAUCUGGAUGAAUCGGAUGCUAAAGAUGGCUCUGAAACAAAGCCAAACUCGGAAGCAGAGGACGAAUUCAGUAUAUCAAAAAGGCAGCUGGAAAUGAAGAUUACCUCCAUAGCUACAAGGGAGAAAAGGGACUCCUACAAAAAAAUCUGCUGGUAUGUGAAUGAUUCUGUGCUAGAACAAUACAACCUUAAGGAUCUGCCUGUACCUAGUGCUUGGGAGUUCAUCAGUCAGCCUAAGAAGACUCCGAUUAAACCUAAAGUCGAGGAGCAGGUAAAUGCAGGCCGUAAAACGCCAACUGUCUCCAUCACCCAGUUUGCAAGACCUAUGUCUCCUUCCGCCAUACAAGCUCAGUUUGCAGCUGCCAAUGCUGCAGCACUGGCAAAUAAACAGAAACAAGCAGACGAGCAGGCUGCAAAAACUGCCGAGCAGGUCAAGGUCACUGAGGUACCUCAACAGAAAACUGCAGUACAGUCCAAAGAGGAAUUAAAGUCGGACCAAUCCAAGCUGAAUUUCUUCUCCCCCACCAGACCACAACAGUGGAAGAUGGUGUCCACCGGGUCCUCCCCUAAGGACAGCAAGCGGUUAGUCCUAAUGUCCAGUCAGCCUUCUGUAGGACAAAAGGGAGUCACAACUAACAAAGAUGCAGGGAAAGUUGAUGCUGUUUCAAGCCCCAGCUCCAGCAAGGCAAAACUGGUACCAUCCAAUCAGUCAGUAAUACCUGCUAGUUCUGAUGGAAAGGCUGCUGCUGAGAGCAGGGAGGGGAAUACAAUUUCUGAUAUUCAAACGGCAGGAGAAAAUUCUAGGGAAGCUAUUGUGUUGGACUAAAACACAAUUGUGAUAUGGGAAUGAUGUGAAAGCCAAGACAUCUUGAUUUGUGUUUGAAUGAAAAAGACAACUUUUGUGCAACUCAAUUUUGAACAAUAUUUAUUCAUACAUGUAGUAAUUUGCUUUAUAAAACCAAUAUACUUUGUAUAGAA